AUGGCUGUCCCUUUGCCACCCACCCUGGGGCUCAGUUCUGCCCCAGAUGAAAUUCAACACCCACAUAUUAAAUUUUCAGAAUGGAAAUUUAAGCUGUUCAGAGUGAGAUCCUUUGAAAAGGCACCUCAAGAAGCUCAAAAGGAAAAGAAGGAUUCCCCCGAGGGGAAGCCCUCUCUAGAGCAAUCUCCAGCGGUCCCGGACAAGGCUUGUGGUCAGCAGCCGGUCCUGACUCAAGCAGCCUUAAAUUCCCAUUCUAAGUUUUCCAAGAAGUCACACGAUGAUGGGAAAGCAAGAGACAAAGCUAUUCACCAAGCCAAUCUUCGCCAUCUCUGCCGCAUCUGUGGGAAUCCUUUUAAAACUGUUGAGCACAACAGGAGAUACCCAGUCCAUGGGCCUGUGGAUGGUAAAACCCAAGUCCUUCUACGUAAGAAGGAAAAGAGAGCCACUUCCUGGCCAGACCUCAUUGCUAAGGUUUUCCGGAUCGAUGUGAAAGCAGAUGUUGACUCGACUCACCCCACUGAGUUCUGCCAUAACUGCUGGAGCAUCAUGCACAGGAAGUUUAGCAGUGCCCCAUGUGAGGCUUACUUCCCAAAGUAUGCAACAAUGGAGUGGCAUCCCCACACACCGUCCUGUGACAUCUGCCACACUGCCCAUCGGGGACUCAAGAGGAAGAGCCAUCAGCCCAAUGUGCACCUCAGCAAAAAACUCAAAACUGUGCUUGACCAAGCAAGACAAACCCAUCAGCGCAAGAGAAGGGCACAGGCAAGGAUCAGCCACAAGGAAGUCUUGAAGAAGAUUGCCAGCUGUGGUAAGAUACAUCUUAGUACCAAGCUCCUCACAGUGGAUUUCCCAGUGCAUUUUGUGCAAUCUAUCUCUUGCCAGAUUUGUGAACACAUUCUGGCUGACCCUGUGGAGACCACCUGUAAGCAUGUAUUUUGCAGGAUCUGCAUUCUCAGAUGCCUCAAAGUCAUGGGCAGCUAUUGUCCCUCUUGCCAACAUCCAUGCUUCCCUACUGACCUGGAGAGUCCGGUGAAGUCCUUUCUGAGCAUCUUGAAUUCCCUGAUGAUAAAAUGCCCAGCAAAAGAGUGCAAUGAGGAGAUCAGCUUGGAAAAAUAUAAUCACCACAUCUCAAGCCACAAGGAAUCAAAAGAGACCUUUGUGCAUAUUAAUAAAGGUGGCCGGCCCCGCCAGCAUCUGCUGUCAUUGACCCGAAGAGCUCAGAAGCACCGGCUGAGGGAGCUUAAGAUGCAAGUCAAGGCAUUUGCUGACAAAGAAGAAGGUGGAGAUGUAAAGUCAGUGUGCCUGACCUUGUUCCUGCUGGUGCUGAGGGCGAGGAAUGAGCACAGACAAGCCGACGAGCUGGAGGCCAUCAUGCAGGGACGGGGCUCUGACCUGCAGCCAGCUGUCUGCUUGGCCAUCCGCGUCAACACAUUCCUCAGCUGCAGUCAGUACCACAAGAUGUACAGGACCGUGAAAGCCAUCACGGGGAGGCAGAUUUUUCAGCCUUUGCAUGCUCUACGGAAUGCUGAGAAAGUCCUUCUGCCAGGCUACCACCCCUUUGAGUGGCAGCCACCUCUGAAGAACGUGUCUUCCAGCACCGAUGUUGGUAUUAUUGAUGGACUGUCUGGACUGUCGUCCUCUGUGGAUGACUACCCAGUGGGUACCAUUGCAAAGAGGUUCCGUUAUGAUGCAGCUUUGGUGUCUGCUUUGAUGGACAUGGAAGAAGAGCUCUUGGAAGGCCUGAGAUCCCAAGACCUUGACGACUACCUGAAUGGCCCCUUCACUGUAGUGGUGAAGGAGUCUUGUGAUGGAAUGGGAGAUGUGAGUGAGAAGCAUGGCAGCGGGCCAGCAGUUCCAGAAAAGGCGGUUCGUUUUUCAUUUACUGUCAUGAAAAUCACUAUAGCGCAUGGCUCACAAAAUGUGAAGGUGUUUGAGGAAAUCAAGCCUAAUUCUGAACUGUGUUGCAAGCCACUGUGCCUUAUGCUGGCAGAUGAGUCUGACCAUGAGACCCUGACUGCCAUCCUGAGCCCUCUCAUUGCCGAGAGGGAGGCCAUGAAGAGCAGUGAAUUAAUGCUUGAGAUGGGAGGUAUCCUCAGGACUUUCAAGUUCAUCUUCAGAGGCACGGGAUAUGAUGAAAAGCUCGUUCGGGAAGUGGAAGGCCUUGAGGCUUCUGGCUCAGUCUACAUUUGUACUCUUUGUGAUGCCACCCGCCUGGAAGCCUCUCAAAAUCUUGUCUUCCACUCCAUAACCAGGAGCCAUGCUGAGAACCUGGAACGCUAUGAGGUCUGGCGUUCCAACCCGUACCACGAGUCUGUGGAAGAACUUCGUGAUCGGGUGAAAGGGGUCUCAGCAAAACCUUUCAUUGAGACAGUCCCUUCCAUAGAUGCGCUCCAUUGUGACAUUGGCAAUGCGGCUGAGUUCUACAAGAUCUUCCAGCUAGAGAUAGGGGAGGUGUACAAGAAUUCCAAUGCUUCCAAAGAGGAAAGGAAAAGAUGGCAGGCCACACUGGACAAGCAUCUCCGGAAGAAGAUGAACCUAAAACCAAUCAUGAGGAUGAAUGGCAACUUUGCCAGGAAGCUCAUGACCAAAGAGACUGUUGAUGCUGUUUGCGAGUUAAUUCCUUCUGAGGAGAGGCACGAAGCUCUCAGAGAGCUGAUGGACCUUUACCUGAAGAUGAAGCCUGUAUGGCGAUCAUCAUGCCCUGCAAAAGAGUGCCCAGAAUCUCUCUGCCAGUACAGUUUCAAUUCACAGCGUUUUGCUGAGCUCCUCUCUACCAAGUUCAAGUAUAGAUAUGAGGGCAAAAUCACCAAUUAUUUUCACAAAACCCUGGCACACGUCCCUGAAAUUAUCGAGAGGGAUGGCUCUAUUGGGGCGUGGGCAAGUGAAGGAAAUGAAUCUGGCAACAAACUGUUCAGGCGCUUCCGGAAAAUGAAUGCCAGGCAGUCCAAGUGCUAUGAAAUGGAAGAUGUCUUGAAACACCACUGGUUGUAUACCUCCAAAUAUCUCCAAAAGUUUAUGAAUGCUCAUAAUGCCUUAAAAAACUCUGGGUUUACCGUGAACUCUCAGACAAGCUUAGGGGACCCAUUAGGCAUAGAGGACUCUCUGGAAACCCAAGAUUCAAUGGAAUUUUAA